CAACAGUAUUACUUACUGGCCGCUUGGCACGCUGCUGGCACCGUAGGCAACAAAACCGAGGCGAAGUGUCGCGACUGUUAUGUUACACUGUGGUUUUGGUGACAUAUUGACUUCUAGCCUAGUCCACUUUUUGUACAUUCGUGCCAUAAUUUAAUCGGUCGAUUUCAACCGAACGCCAGUUGGAUUGUACUCAGUUUAGUUGCACGUGAACCUGGCCGUAAAUAGGUAUAUCUUUCUUGUGACUUAACCCACCUUUGACAGCUAGAGAGCCUUCAGUCUUUCAAUCAGUGUGUUCGGUAGGAAGGAGUGGAGAUGUGGAAGUUGCGUGUGUAUGUGAUUUGUAACUGGAAACUUCGACAGAAUCAUGUAUUGUAAACAUUUUUGUUUAAAACGGACCGAAGACGAUGAAAACAUCGUGUAUUUAAGGAGUAUACUUCACAAUGUUCAUUGUCGCUCUUAAUCUGGAAGAAAUCCGGUGUGCAACAAGUAAAAUAAUUUUUCCUUUCUUUACACUUAAUGUUUGAGAAGAGUAAGAGCUUACACUGAAACAUACAGUAUGGAUGGUAUUGUGGAAUAUCUAAAAAGUCCAAGCUUGGUAGCAAAAAUUCAGUUGUAUUUUGGCGUGUUUCCGAAGAAAGUACUCCAUGACAAAUGCGAAUUAAACGGACUGACGAAGUCACUUAGCACCUUGCAAUCAAAAAGUGCAUGUAAUAUUCAUAAUAGAGUGGGAAACCAAUGUUCUGGUGUUGUUAGUAACGGCCGCUCUGAGUCAGAAGGCCUAAUAGGUACAGAAAGUAAACAAGACUGUCCGGAAACAGACGUGGAUGAUGAAACAGUUUCUUCGGAAUCUGAAACCGAAGCUAGUGAUUAUGUUGUUACUAAGUUGUUCUGGCAUUAUUUGUUCAUUGUUGGGACGGCAUUAGGUGACGAAAUAUUUUAUGCUUCCUUUAUUCCCUUUUGGUUUUGGAACAUUGAUGGUGCUGUCGGGAGACGAGUUGUUUUAGUGUGGGCAAUUAUAAUGUAUAUUGGCCAAAGUAUUAAGGAUGUUGUUCGCUGGCCUCGUCCAUCAUACCCGGCCAUCAGACUGCAAAAAAAGUGGGCACAAGAAUAUGGAAUGCCAUCGACUCACGCAAUGGUUGGUGUUUCCAUACCAUUUUCUGUUAUCCUGUACACAAUGAACCGGUAUCAGUAUUCAGUCACUCUAGGACUCAUAGUUGCUGUCGUCUGGUGUACAGUUAUAUGUGUUAGCCGGCUGUACUUGGGAAUGCACUCCGUUCUAGAUAUUGUUGUCGGUCUUAUGUUAGCCAUAGCCUUGAUGUUUCCCGUAGUUCCCAUUGUGGACACGUUGGACCAUUAUCUUCUUACAAAUAAAUGGUCACCUGGAUUUGUCAUGCUGGUGUCCAUAUUGGUGAUGGUGUUUUAUCCAAGCAGUGACAGAUGGACACCAACUCGUGGUGAUACAACUAUUGUUGUAAGUGUUUCUACUGGAAUUCUGAUUGGAGCAUGGUUAAAUUAUCAGCUUGGCAAUCUGUAUGAAUCGUCUUUGUCACCUCCAUACACCAUCAUUUGGCCUUCAUAUGAGAUGUUGGGAUUGGCAACACUGAGGACUGCUAUUGGGUUUUGUUGCUUGAUAGCUACAAGAGCUGUGGGGAAGUCUGCUUCAUAUGCCACGGUCUGUGCCUUACUUCGCCUAAGUUCUAAAGAAAUCAGAGAAUCGCAGUACAGCAUUGAAAAUAAGCAGAAGAUUUUUGUCGAAAUAAGUUAUAAAUAUAUCACUUACUUUUUGAUGGGAAUUAACACAGCGUAUUUGUUACCAAAUGUUUUUCGCUUGAUAGGAAUAGAAAGGCCAACAUUUUAUACAGAAAUAUAAGAUUUUUCAUGUUCCUUUGUGUACAUCACAGAUCUCAAAAAUAAUCUUUUAUGCAUAUGAUAAUGUUUUGUUAUCUCUAUAAUUACUGUAACAAGAUACAUAAAAUUCAGUUAUAUUUAUAAUCCUCAGAUUCUCUUUGAAUAAUGGUAAUCAUACUUGUUUUUGCCUUAAAAAUUUGCAUAGAUGACUUAGAAACAAUUUUCUGUGAUUGGCACAGUUAUAUCUUCACAAUGUUUGUGAAAGGCUUUCCUUUUUUUAGUCCUUAUUGGCAGUUAGGAACCGUAAUCCUAGUCAUUAAAUUAUAGACAUGAUGUAGCUCCAAAAAUUUCAAAUUUCUGUUAACAUACUGCCUGUAUGCCUGCUGUUUAAUCAACUGCUUAUUUGUUGGUGCAUUUAUCUGCCAGUGGUAACGUUUUUUUUUUUUUUUUUUUUUUUUUUUUUUUUUUUUUUUUUUUUUUUUUUUUUUUUUUAAAGCAUGUAUUUACAGAACAAAAAUUGCCUCAGUUCACAAGUAACAAGUUGGUUAUUUGUACUAAUCUGUAUGAAGGAAUAUUAACAUCUUAUUCGAUGAACAAUGAGUAUUAAAGCUAGGUUAAAUAUUACAUGUUAUAGACUAUGACAUGAUGAAUCACUGAUUUUCCUUUAUAUGUAGUCCAGUUUUUUGUAAUUAUUUGCAACCAUUUGACACAGAUGGUGUAUUUAGAUUAAUUUGUCAGAAUCUUGCCUCAGGAGCUAUAGCUGAUUGUUAAAACUGUGAUGCUAAUGCAUUUAAAUAUGUUGUAUAGAUUUUGCUGUAAUGGCUAAGUUAUUUAUUUUUUACCUUGUAAGUUAUUGGUGCAAUGUGAUUUUAUUUAAGGUGCCAACAUGAACAGUGUGGGGGAGGGCUUCUUUUUGACAGCCUUUUGCUUUUUGACAGCAGCCUCUUCAGUUAGUCCAGCUUCUGUCGUAGAUUACAGCUCAUUCUCCAGAGAAGACACCUGUUCCACUAGUUCAGUUUGUAUGACCUGUGAUGCUUCCAAUUCAGAUUUCAGGAGCAUGACCACUUAUCAGGAUCAAAUGAGGAUGUCCGUUUAGAACUGAAUUCUUCUUCUUCUUCUUUUGCAUUUCUUUCAGUGGGGAAUUUUCUGCUUUUAAACAGAGUAACUGCUUUUCUAAUUUAAAAAUGUUUUACUUUAAUGAAAUGUACCAUGGCUUUUUAAAAAAAAUGUAAAACUGUAUCAGGGAAUUCCAAAACACAGCCAGUGAUGGUUGCUGUUAUUAUCAUACACAAAGCAUUAUCAGAUAUUACUUCAUACGUCUUUCCAGUUCCAUCAUUUCUGUGAAUGUCUUGUGCACUGUCGUCAGACAUAGUAUUCUCCUGUAGUUUUGGUUCACUUGGUAGCAGGCCAGUUUAUCCUACUUAGACAGGCAGAUGAUUAAGACAUCCCAGUGAAGUCACUUCUAAUAGACUCACAAACAUCUGCCUUGUGACCAAUCUGAUCUGGGUCAACUGCCACAUGAUAUACUACCUCUUCCAAUGAUUGGUCCCUAUCCCAGGGAGAAGGUACUUGCACAAUAUCUUCAGAACCCAAUUUCUCUUUGUUCUGCAUUUCUUCCCCUUCAAACUAUUUUCUUUGAGAAACACUAUUAGUUUCUCCUUCUUCUGUGACUGAAGAAGCAAAACCAAGAUUGGAUGUGCUAUUAAGUGUUGAAAGAACUGAUUCUGAUAGCUUUGCAAAGAAACAAUUCUGUUUCUUGCCUUAAGUCUCUCUUUUGAUGCCAAAGUUUCUUGAAACUGAAUAUCUUGAUUUUCUGCACAUCAGUUGAGUGAAGUUCUAAGCUAAUGCUUGUUUCUGUUACUCAUUUAACCUGAACUGAUUGUUAUCUUUUCCACUAGGAAAAUCCAAAUGAUGCUGUUCAAUAGCCAUAGGUAACUUUGUUAUAUCACCUUUUGGUAAAUUUCCUUCUUUUAAUCAAAAAAUAUUUUCUUCAUUGUAAUUGUCAGAGUUGUUCUCCAGCAAUGUUUGUGAUAGUAACAUUCUUUGAAUCUUCAGUUCUGUCAACUUCCAGUAGUUCUUAGGAACUUUCUUAUCUUUUAAAAGAUAUAGAAAAUGUCAUAUAUAAAACUUUUAUUAUAUAUUACUAUAUGUAUCAAUGAAAAAUAUUGUGAAUUAUAUUCAUGGCAUUUGAAAGAAGUACCUGAUACUUUAAAGUUUGUAUUUAUCAUUUCACAUGUGGUUGUGUGGUGUAUCAAUGAUUUACAGGCUUUAAGCAUUUUAUACAAUAAAAUAUUUAUGGUGAUUAUGUUGCAA